AUGAAUCCACAGGCAAAACUAAUCUUUACAAUUAGUCUGCUCCUAGGAACUACCAUCACCAUCUCAAGCAACCAUUGAAUUAUGGCCUGAGCCGGCCUAGAAAUCAACACGCUUGCCAUCUUACCCCUAAUCUCAAAAUCCCACCAUCCACGAUCCAUUGAGGCAGCCACUAAGUACUUCCUAACCCAAGCAGCUGCCUCAACUCUAGUACUAUUCUCCAGCAUAACUAACGCAUGACAUACCGGACAAUGAGACAUCACCCAACUCUCCCACCCUACAUCAAGCCUAAUCUUAACCUCGGCAAUUGCUAUAAAACUAGGCCUAGUUCCGUUUCACUUCUGAUUUCCAGAAGUAUUACAGGGUUCCCCCCUCUCCACCGGCCUCAUCCUAUCUACUAUCAUAAAACUUCCCCCAAUCUCUCUCCUAUAUAUAACAUCCCCAUCACUAAACCCCACACUCCUAACCACCUUAGCUAUCCUAUCAGCAGCUAUCGGCGGAUGAAUAGGACUUAACCAAACACAGAUCCGAAAAAUCCUAGCCUUCUCUUCCAUCUCCCAUCUAGGAUGAAUAACAAUCAUUAUCAUCUAUAAUCCUAAACUCACCCUUCUCAACUUCUACCUAUAUACUAUAAUAACCGCAGCUGUCUUCCUAACCCUGAACUCAAUAAAAGUACUAAAACUAUCUACCCUAAUAACAGCAUGAACUAAAGUUCCAUCACUGAACGCAAUACUACUCCUAACCCUACUAUCCCUUGCAGGUCUACCUCCCCUAACAGGAUUCCUACCCAAAUGACUCAUCAUCCAAGAACUAACCAAACAAGAAAUAAUCCCUGCAGCUACACUCAUUUCCCUUCUCUCUCUAUUAAGCCUAUUCUUCUACCUCCGUCUUGCAUACUGUACCACAAUUACACUCCCACCACAUACUACAAACCACAUAAAACAAUGACGUACCGGCAAAUCAACCCACACCCUGAUUGCCAUCCUAACCACAAUAUCUGUCAUUCUCCUUCCCAUUUCACCUAUAAUCCUCACCAUCAUUUA